AUGGAAUCUGACCGAGAUGAAAAUAACCAAUUUUCACAUGACAAGCUUAAUACGAUUAAUAUCGAGCUAAGUUUUGGAGAUAAAUUCACAAAGGAAAAAGAAUUAAUCCUAAACAUAAAGCAGCCGAUUCUGACAUUCAGCAGAGAAGGAGAAGUUAACUUAUCAGCAAUCAUAACUUAUUUGAAAAACGAAGGGUACCCAAUAGAUAAAUCUAUGAUUUGGUAUUAUUCCCCAACUGCAAAACUAAAUGUUUACUGUGGAACAGACCCAAUUCCGCCUUCUAUUUCUAUCCCUAUUUUUGAAAUCAAAGAUAGGAAAUUAGUACUUUUAUGCUAUGGAGUCGUCAGUCAUGAAAUCGGGCCAGUUUUGCAAGCACAGAAUUCAGUUGCAGCCAAGAAAAUGCAUGAAGAGGAGCCAACGACAUUGGUACCGAAAAUCUCUAGGAGAACAACAGAAAGGAAAAUUGGAUAUAUUAUAGAUAAAGUUAUGAAAUGAAGAAAAUUGUACUCUGGAGUAAUCGAUGGCAAAGGAGAUUUAAAAAAAAUGACUCUGGAAGACGCUGCACGAAAAGUAGGGAUCGCAAAAAAAUCACUUGACGAUUAUUUACUACAGCUUAGGUCAGCUAAAAAAUUUGGAUUUAAUUUCCAAGAGCACAAAGAUGACAGAGUAGGUAUUUUACGAGCCUAUGUAAAAAAAUACAAAACUGUGCAGCAAUAUAUUACAAAAAUUGAAGAAGGAGAAAAUAUACCAGAAAAUGUGCUAAAGCUCUUACAAGAGCCAGGGACUUCUGCAUGCAAAGAUAUCAGUUGUUGCCAGCCUUCCUUUGCUAAGCCUGGAAAAAGGCAGAAAGCAGAAGAAAAUUCGCCACUUAUGUAUUUAUCAUUAAGCCCACUUUAA